CGUAGUGGGGGCGACAGUGGUGGUUGUCGUAGUGGGGGCCACCGUUGUGGUGGCUAGGUUCUCACAAUGUGUGAUGACGGCUCCGAUGUCCGUGAACAAAUUCUUGCCCGCAGCAUCGGUACAGCUUGCCAAAGCAGCCUUCGUGCUCGUAGCCAGCGCGACGCAGUCUGUGGAGGCACAGUAGUUGGUCGUGAUCGUGUUGGUGGUCGUGAUGUCCAGGAGGCUAAACGCAUUCGUGUACCACCCAGAGCCAGCAGUCUUGGUCAAUGCUGUCGCGCACGCCGCGUCGAGGUUUACGAGGUUCUUGGCCCACAAAUUAUCGGCAAUGUUGCUCGCAGUACAUGUCCCCGUGAUGGCUCCGGUCAAGGCCGUGCAGGCCGCGGAAAACCCCGCGAUCUCCGCUGUGUAACUCGUCGGCGUCGUGGGAGUGCACGUCGGGUACGUCGAUGCAGCGAUUUCUGCAUUGCACGUCGUCGACCCGCACAACCCGUACGUGUAGAUGGUGUUGGCGUUGGUUCGGUAAUCGGCAAAGACAGUUUCGAGCGUCGGCGGAGUGCCACCUUCCAGGUCGUCAGUGCACGCUUGAGUCAACGUGACGGCGUUGGCGGUGAUGACAUCGGCGUCGCAGUCAGCGCGCGCCACAGAGACGGCCAUGCUCAAAGCAGCAACAAGGUAAGUGAAUUGCAUGAUGAUUGGUAGCUGGGGAAGGUGUUUGGCUUGGCUGAGGCGAAAGGCAAAGUGAACUGCUUGCAGAUACGCACGAUGUCAAGC